AGCGACCUUCAGUCGUCAUUAAGAGAGCGCCAGCUCUGUAUGAGACUCUAUUAGGCUAUAAAAAUAUAUUUUAAUUAUUGAAAAUUAAAAUAUUAUAUCGUAAAAAGUUAUUUAUCUUCUGUGAUAUAUUGGAUCUCUUUAUUUUCAAAAAUGGAAUUCUUCUCACGCAAAGUCAAGUCCAACGAGCAAAUUGACGCACGUCAGUUGAAUGGCGCGCGCGACUUACUCAAACAUAAGCAGAGCGAAACCGCGAUGAGUCCAGCGCCCCCCGCGCCUCGAGACAAAAACAACACACAGUUCGCCUGUAGCAAGCAGUCGCUCGCUGUCAGUGGAAGAACGUGUACGUACGAAAUGGAACGCGAUCGUAUUGGUGUCUGGGGCUCCGGCGACGGCCAGUCCAACAGCCGGCUCUCGGGCCUCGACCGCCUAAAGCACCCCGGACUCAACAAGGGUAUGGCGUUUACAAUUGAGGAACGUCAAGCGAUGGGCAUUCACGGCCUGUUGCCCCCGAGGGUGAAGAGCCAGGAGGAGCAGGUGCAACUGUGCAAGCUGUCCUUCGACCGGUACGAGGAUCCUUUGAACAAGUACAUCUACUUGAUGGGAUUACUUGAUCGCAACGAGCAUCUUUUCUACCGAUUCGUCGGAGAAAACGUAGCGGAAAUGAUGCCUAUAGUGUACACGCCGACUGUCGGGCUCGCGUGUCAGAAAUACGGACUGGUGUACCGCCGGCCGCGCGGUCUCUUUAUCACCAUCAACGACAAGGGACACGUCUAUGAUAUAUUGAAGAACUGGCCCGAAACCGAUGUACGUGCCAUCGUAGUGACUGACGGCGAACGUAUUUUGGGUUUGGGAGACUUAGGCGCCUGUGGUAUGGGUAUUCCCGUGGGCAAGCUGUCGCUGUACACCGCGCUGGCUGGUAUCAAGCCUCAUCAGUGCCUCCCUAUCACGCUUGAUGUGGGCACGAACACCCAGACGAUGUUAGACGACCCGCUCUACAUCGGCCUGCGACAGAAACGCGUCCGCGGCGCCGCCUACGACGAGUUCAUCGACGAGUUUAUGCACGCCGUCGUGCAGCGCUUCGGCCAGAACUGUCUCAUACAGUUCGAGGACUUUGGCAACGCCAACGCCUUCCGCCUUCUAGAGAAGUACCGUGGAAAGUACUGCACCUUCAACGACGACAUCCAGGGCACGGCGGCGGUUGCAGUGGCUGGCCUGCUGGCAUCGCUGCGCGUCACCGGCAAGCGUCUGUCCGAGAACACCUUCGUGUUCCAGGGCGCCGGGGAGGCGUCUUUGGGUAUUGCGGAGUUGUGUGUGAUGGCGAUGAAAGCUGAAGGUACCCCUGAAGCCGAAGCUCGCAACCGUAUCUGGAUGGUGGAUUCCAAAGGUCUUAUCGUAAAGAAUAGACCUGAUGGUGGAAUAAACGAGCAUAAGGAGAAAUUUGCGAAGAACUGCCCCCCCAUUCGCACCCUUGCCGAAGUAGUCAACGUCGCGAAACCCUCUGUACUCAUCGGCGCGGCGGCCAUCGGCGGCGCAUUCACCGCCGACAUCCUGCGCGCCAUGGGAGACAACAACGACAGGCCUGUCAUAUUCGCGCUCUCCAACCCCACCAGCAAGGCGGAGUGCACCGCGGAGGAGGCCUACGGAAACACCGAUGACCGCGCCAUCUUCGCGUCGGGCUCGCCGUUCCCCGACUACCGCACCAAGGACGGUCGCGUGCUGCGGCCGGGCCAGGGCAACAACGCCUACAUCUUCCCCGGCCUGGCGCUCGGCAUCCUGUGCGCCGGCCUCGUCGACAUCUCCGACGACUUCAUGCUGCUCGCUGCGGAGGCUCUGGCCGAGAUCGUGUCCCAAGAUAAUCUGGACCAGGGCAGCUUGUACCCGCCCCUGGCGGCCAUACAGGAGUGCUCCAUCCAGAUCGCCAAGAAAGUUGUACAGCACGCAUACAAAACAGGCAAGGCGUCGGUGCAACCGCAGCCGCUGGACACGGAGGCGUUUAUCCGCGCGCAGAUGUACGACGUGCGAUACACGUCCGCUCUGCCGCCGCGCUACGACUGGCCGACAGACGCGCCGCGCGUCGCGCUCAUGUAGACCGACAGAACGCCCCGCCCCGCCCCGCCCCGCGCACCGUACUACGUGUAAACCGACCGCGCUUUACUCCCUGGAGACGACUAUUUUGGUUCCAUGGCCUAGGCCAGUACCAGUACAGUACAGUGAAAUAUUUAUAACUGAGAAAUAUCUCAGUUAUAAAUAUUUCACAUAAAUCUAUCAUCGAUUUCCAAACUCAGAUUUCAGAUGUAUUUCACAUUACUGUAAAAUACAGUUAAAUUGCUCCGUACUCGAUAACUUGAUGGUAUCGAUUAUUAGCUUCGCUUGGUUUACAUUUUGUACGAGGUGAACGAGAUCCGACUAGUUAAGUCGUUUUGCAACUUAGAGCGGAAAACUGUAAAAAUUGGCCACUUUUGUAGAAGGUAUCGACAUAAAUCAGUAUUUAUGUCGAUACCUUCUACAAAACCUUUGCAGUCAAAGGAAUGGCUUAUAGAGUUACGACCAUCUGUUAUUCGGUUUGGCAAUCAGUUUGUUUAUCUAAUCGCUGUCAUCGCUUGAUCAAAUUUUACCAAAGUUUUAUUAUUAGGCGUAACGGGAUUAUUUAUAUUAUAUAAUUUAAACAGACUUCAAGGUAUACUCGAUCAAAGUCUUUGUGUUUUAAGCGAUAGCAGCGCUUUUCGCGUUAACCAUUAAUAAAAUGUAAGUUCUAUUGACAAGGAAUCUUUUAAUGUUAAACUCAGAUUUUUAAACAUUUAUCCAUUUUUGUUACCUACUACUUAGCUAUACUACUUAAUGUAUUGAGUUUGACAUCAUCAUACAUCUUGACAAAAUUUGAUUGUUUUUUGGUACACAUUGAAUGAAUAUGAUAAUGAUUAAUUGUUGUAAUAUUUUAAUUGCUUUGCCUAAAAAUAAUUUGAAAAAUUCUAAGGUGCAAUUUGUAAAAUUAAUUUUGGCAUCAGUGCAUUGCCAAGUGUAGUGACGCUUAAUCUAUUCGAAUAAUGAUACAAUGACAUAUUUUUGGUAUUUAUUUUUACUUUGGCAACUGUUAAUACAUUAUUGACAAAACAAUAAAAUUAUUGUAUUGUCUGUGUCGCAUUCAACUAAAAUUAUGGCAACAUAACAUUCCAAUAUUCGAAAUAUUAGCUUUUUGAUAAAUGUAGACCUAAUUAAUGAUUGUAAUCAUAAUUUUAUUUAUAUCGAAAUUAAUGUACUUUUGUGUGUUAAUGUAAAAAAAAAUUUGUGAUAUGUAUUAUAAGUAAUAUAGUGGACAAAGUAAUGAAAAAAUAUAUAUUUUUUGUUAAGUUUAUAAAUUUAUCAAGUUACAUAUUUAUUUAUUUAGUUAAAUUAAGAACCUUGUCAUGUAGACUAGAAUUGUAAUAUUGAACAACUUAAUAUUUAACAGACCGGCUAUGCAAUAUACUAUUUAUUUGUAACGCUAUAAAAAUAAAUGAUUUUUUUUGAAUA